UAGUGAUAGCACAAUUCCUUACACUGUUCAAUUGUUCAUCAAAGACCCGAUUUAUCAUUUUGUGAAGUGAACAUUUAUCCGAAAUCAUAGUCUGUAUUCAAUAAAUCAUGAUGGAAAGUAAUAUGGAUAUUGCGCAACAAGUUGAUCAGUCGAAUACGAUGGAAGAAAAUCGGAACCAAUUGAGUCUGUUGAAGUACACGCUGGACUACAUAAUGAAAGUUCCAAAGUUCAAAUGCUUGAAAAACCCACUGCAAUCUGAUGAUGAUCCAAUGGUCAACACAAUUGGCUUGAUCGAAAUUGCUGCAAAAUUAAAAAAAUACAUCACGCUUGAUGAUUUUUUGACCGACAUCCGUUGCUUGGUUCAAAGUUACAGCAUUUAUUAUACAUAUAAAUCUGAUCAAAAAAAAGCCGCUGAUUUGUUGUCCGAACGAUGCAAUCGCGAUGUGCAAAACAUUCAACUGUGUUCCGAUUGCUUCGAAUCUUCUUAUAUUGAUCCCAAACACUACUUCACGCGUGCUUGCGACAAGCCGCAUUUGGUAGUUUUCGCUAAGCUGGAUAAUUACCCACAUUGGCCGGCAAAACUAAAGCAAAUUACUGGUGACAUGGCAACUGUUGAAUUCUUUGGCGACCAUACCCAAGCUGUCGUUCCAGUCUCGUCUUGUAUUUUGUAUUCGAACGAUUUGGCCGAGGAAAGUCAGAGUACAAACAACGUUGAAUUGAAAAUUGCUCAUGAGGAGCUUUUGCUUCACGUCAAACAUCUCAAAGCUAAAUUCGGUACAUUCGUUCCGUCUCAAGCUAUCGCCGAGACUGUCACCGCCGAAAAUAUGAAACAAAAAUUGGUUAACAUGAUUCCAGGUGCUUUCAAAGUAGCCACCCCAGCUACAUGUAAACAAGGUGAAUCGAUAGCUUCAUAUGAACAAAACGAAUCAUCGUCGGCCGCUGCUCCUUCGCCAUCAAUUGGGACCACAAGCAAAACGGCACCCAUGACAGUUGUUCACGAAAUCGGUGGUCGGAAGCGUCAACAAAGUGUUGAUUCGACCAAUAUAGUGUCGAAAAAGAAAAAAAUUCCAAUUGUGUUUGAAGCUGAGCCAAGCGUUAUCGAUGAAGUUCGCGUUGAUGACAAACAAGUUGGCCAAAACAGCGACGAUGACAAGGCGUCAACAGAAACCAACACAGAACCAGACCAACUCCGAAAUCCAAAAUCAACCGAAUCAGCCACACCAGGGACAAGUCAUGUCAACGUACCCGAUAACGAGAUGACUUUAUUACGCCAUAGUUUCGAUGUUGUCUUGGAAUUGGAAGAAUUCCAACUACUCAAAGGUCCAAGAAAAUGGUCGAUUGGUUUGAAUGGCAUCAAUGCAAAAUUUAGCCGCUAUACAAAUGCUGAUGAAUUCUUGGCUGAUAUCAAUGCGUUGAUUAAAAGCUAUGCCGCGAAUUGUGCAUCGAAUCGUGAUGUGAAGAUGGCUAUCUAUUAUUUGUCGGAGCGCUGUCACCGUGAUGUAAAGAGCAUUCGAACUUGUUCGGAAUGUUUUGCCAGUUGGGUUAACGAUCCAGAUGAUUAUUUCACAAAGGUUUGCACGAAGCCUCACCUCAUCGUUUAUGCAAAGGCGGUGCCUUUCCAAUUUUGGCCGGCGAAGCUUAUGUCCAUUAAUGGUCAUGUCGCUAAUGUUGAAUUUUUUGACGAUCACACUCAAGCCGAUGUUCCAGUUGAAAACUGUAUUUUGUAUCCGAAAGAACAUAUUAUUCCGAGAAAAGGAAAUAAACUUUAUGAUGCGUUCAAGGAGAUGGACGACUACAUUAAAAACAUCAAGGAAAAGUACGGUGCCGUCAACCCAAUUAUGCCAAAACAAACACUCGACCCAGAAAAACUCAAGGAGCAUACGAUGCAAAUGUUCCCUGGGGCAUUCAAUUAAUUUUACACCAUACUGAACGACCAGUAUCGAUUCUACUAUCGAAAGGAU